AGUAUAAACAAGGCGCCCGGCGGGUCGGGCGGGUUUUUCUCUUCGUCUUCGCGCGCUGCGGCCGCCAGUUCUCGGGUCGCGCUGGUGGCGCGCGGCAAAGCGCCGGGAAGCCGAAGACCCGGGGUCCGUCCGCAGGGAAGCAUGCCUCGGACGCCCCCCUUCUCGGCCAUGUUCGACAGCAGCGGUGACAACCGGAACCUGUACCAGGCGGCGGACGCGGGCUGCGCGGGCCUGUGCUACCACGACAACAACCUCCUGUCGGGGUCUCUGGAGGCGCUCAUCCAGCACUUGGUGCCUAACGUGGACUACUACCCGGACAGAACGUACAUAUUCACCUUCCUACUCAGCUCUCGGCUGUUCAUGCAUCCGUAUGAGUUAAUGGCCAAAGUUUGCCACUUAUGUGUUGAGCACCAGAGACUAAGUGAUCCCAACAGCGACAAGAACCAGAUAAGAAAAAUUGCACCCAAAAUCCUUCAGCUCCUGACGGAAUGGACGGAAACGUUUCCUUAUGAUUUUCGGGAUGAAAGAAUGAUGAGAAACUUGAAGGAUCUGGCUCACCGGAUAGCCAGCGGCGAGGAGACAUACAGGAAGAACGUCCAGCAGAUGCUUCAGGGUCUGAUCCGCAAACUGGCCACGCUCAGCCAGUACGAGGAAGUCCUGGCGACGAUCGGCUCCGCGCCCACGGAUCGGCUCGCGGUUCUCAAGACCAAGCCGCAGUCCGUUCAGAGGGACAUCAUCACCGUCUGCAGCGACCCUUACACUCUGGCUCAGCAGCUGACUCACGUCGAGCUGGAAAGGCUCAAUUAUAUUGGGCCAGAAGAAUUUGUUCAGGCGUUUGUACAGAAGGACCCUUUGGACAAUGACAAGAGCUGCUACAGUGAACGGAAGAAAACCCGAAACCUGGAGGCGUACGUGCAGUGGUUCAACCGGGUCAGCUACCUGGUUGCCACCGAGAUCUGCACGCCCGUAAAGAAGAAGCACCGGGCAAGGGUGAUCGAGUAUUUCAUCGACGUAGCUCGGGAGUGUUUCAACAUCGGCAACUUCAAUUCCCUGAUGGCCAUAAUCUCCGGCAUGAACAUGAGCCCGGUGUCUCGACUGAAAAAAACAUGGGCUAAAGUGAAGACUGCAAAGUUUGAUGUUCUUGAGCAUCAGAUGGACCCUUCCAGUAAUUUCUACAACUACCGAACCGCUCUUCGUGGGGCAGCGCAAAGGUCUUUAACGGCUCACAGCAGCCGAGAGAAGAUCGUGAUACCAUUCUUCAGUCUUUUAAUCAAAGAUAUUUACUUCCUGAACGAGGGCUGUGCCAACCGCCUUCCAAAUGGCCACGUCAACUUCGAGAAAUUUUGGGAACUGGCCAAACAAGUGAGUGAGUUCAUGACGUGGAAACAGGUGGAGUGUCCGUUUGAGAGGGACCGGAAGAUCCUGCAGUAUCUGCUCACGGUGCCGGUCUUCAGCGAGGACGCGCUCUACCUGGCUUCCUACGAGAGUGAAGGACCUGAAAAUCACAUAGAGAAGGACCGAUGGAAGUCCUUACGGUCCAGCCUCUUAGGCAGAGUUUGAGGAGCAGGCGCUGACCGUGGCUGCCGCUGAGCCGCGCGGACCGCCGAGGGCUGCGUCUCCCACACCCAGUUCUGCAGAGUGUCCCGUAGUCCCCGCAAGCAGGCCAGCUCUG